AAGAUGGCGGCGGCGAGGUUCGUAAGGCGCGGGCGGCGACGGCCGCGGCGCCAGUGAGGGGCCCGGGAGCCCGGGCGGCUCCGGGCUAGAGCCCUGCCGCGGGACAAACCAUGCUACGUUCCACUGGUUUCUUCCGGGCUAUCGACUGCCCGUAUUGGGCGGGGGCACCUGGGGGGCCUUGCCGGCGACCCUACUGCCACUUCCGGCACCGUGGGGCCCGGGUCCCCGGCGGCGGCGUAGCGGCGCCCCCGGCAGCAGGGCUCAGUUAUGACCCAUACAAUCCAGAGCUGCCCAAGCCCCCAACACAGAGGGAGAAUGGCACACUGGGCCAGGGCGAUGAGCCCCGCUCGGAUAUGCUGGAGCUAGAACUGGUCAACCAGGCCAUUGAGGCUGUGCGCAGUGAGGUGGAACUGGAGCAGCGGCGCUACCAGAAGCUCCUGGAGACAGCCCGGGAACACAGUGUGGCUGAGUAUGGUGUAGGUGGGGCUUCUGCCCUGGUGCCUGGCAGCCCUGCCACUAGCCCCAAUACGGGCCUGGAUGAGGACACCUUCCCACUGGCCUUCAGCUACACCCCCAGCAGCCACAACCUCCUGACGCCUGAUGGUGGCUACCAGCCCACCCCACUAGCUGCUCCAGCUGAGCCAGGCAGCAGGUACUUGCUGGCAUCUCUGGAGAGGGGUCAGGGCAAAGUGGGGGGCCCCAGUGGCACCCUGGAAUAUGUCCCCAAGGCUGUGAGCCAGCCCCGGCGGUAUAACCGCCCUGUGCCCAGUGGCAAGUAUGUAGUGGACAACUCUAAGCCAUCCACAGACCUGGAGUAUGACCCCCUCUCCAACUACUCUGCUCGCCACCUCAGCAGAGCCAGCUCCAGGGACAAGAGGGCCAUUAAGAGGCCCCGGGGCUCCCAUGGGAGCGAGCCCUACACACCUCUCAAGAAGCCCUGCGAUCCCUUCAGCGGCUGCGAUGCCAGGUUUUCAGAUUCAGAAGAUGACAUGGCCAGUCCUCCCAAGACCAGGGACAGCUCACCCAAGACCAGGGCCAGCUCCCCCAAAGCUGGGGCCAGCCUUGAGAGCAAGGCCUCUGGGAAGCCAUCCUCCAAGGAAGGCUUGGAGCCUGAGGAAGGGAGCCUGCGGGAGACCAAGGAGAUGGCAGUACAAUGUGAUGUGGGGGACCUUGGACAGCCUCCAAAGGACCCAGACAGGGCAUCCCCAGUGAAACCCAGCUCCCCAGCCAGGGUCCCCGAGGAUCUGGGCCGUCCCAAGGAGAGCAAACCCAAGAAGAAGAAAAAUGGAACCCCAUCAAUCCUUGGUCACAAGGACAAUACCCUGAAGAAAGACAAGAAGAAGGACAAGGACCAAGGGCGAACUGGAGAGAAACCAUGUGCAGACAAGAGCCCACAGACCAGCAGCCCCCGGCACAAGGCCGAGCGACCCAAAGGGACCAAGAAAAAGCCAUCUUCAGCCACCCUGGUGGCCAGCUCAGGGAAAGAUGGGUCUGGCUGCCCCACUGGUUUGGGUCUCCAGCCCCAGAACUCUUGUUCUGGUCCUCACCAGCUGCCAGACAGGAAGGGCAGUGGGAAGCUGCCCUCCGGAAAGUUAGUGGAGCGCAAGGCCCACUCAUUGGAUGAGGGCAUUUCUCAGGACGCCCCUAAGCUGAAGAAGCGGGCCCUGAGCCAUGCUGACCUCUUCGGGGAUGAGAGUGAGGAUGAGGAUACAGGGCUGGGGACUGGGGUACCACGGGUCUGGCCCUCCGCCCUUCCCAGCCUCAGCUCAGACUCAGACUCAGACUCCAGCCUGGGCCUCCCUGAGGCACAGCUGCCCAAGCGGCUCAAGGCUUCCCUGCCCCCAUUCCCUGCCCUGCCCUCCCCUUCCUCCUCCUCCUCCUUGGGUGCUGGGGAAGAAGUGGAGGAGGAUGUGGACUACUCGGCCUUGGAGAAGGAGGUUGACUUUGACUCAGACCCCAUGGAGGAGUGCCUGCGGAUUUUCAAUGAGUCCACCAGUGUGAAGACGGAGAACAAGGGCCGACUGGCCCGGCAGCCCCCCAAGAAUGAGAAGGGUGAAGAGAAGGGUCAUACAGGCCUGACCACUCUGUUCCCGGGGCAGAAGAGGAGGAUCUCUCACCUUUCCAAGCAAGGCAAGGAGGCGGAGCCCCUGAAGAGGGGCCCUGUGGUGCCCCCAGCUCGACCACCGACUGCCCAGGAGGUGUGUUACCGACGGGCCCAGCAGGCACAGAAGGAAUCGGCAAGCUGGCUGCAGGCUGCCCCUCGGCCGACUGAGAAGCCCUCAGUGCACAUCUCAGCCCCUGGAGAGAAGAGGAGGAUCGCCCACAUUCCCAAACCCCGCUUGGCCACGGCUCCCACAGGUGCCAAGAGGACCCUCACGGCCAGCAGCAGCCAGGCCCCCAAUGGCCCUGAACCUGGCAGCCAGCCAUUGAAGACACGCACACUGUCAGGGAUGGCUUCCAAGACUACCACCACCAUCACCCCCAAGCGCAUCGCUCACAGCCCAUCUUUACAGAGUCUAAAGAAACCCGUUAUUCCUAAAGAGUUUGGGGGCAAGGUCCCCACUGUCAUCCGGCAGCGCUACCUGAACCUGUUCAUGGAGGAGUGCCUAAAGUUCUGCUCGUCCAGUCAAGAGGCCAUAGAGAAGGCGCUGAACGAGGAGAAGGUGGCCUACGACCGCAGCCCCAGCAAGAACAUAUACCUGAACGUUGCCGUGAACACCCUCAAGAAGCUGAGGGGCCUAGUACCCAACACAGUGCCGGGUCUCAGCAAAACCAGUGGUCGGAGGCUGGUGUCCCAUGAGGUGGUGCUGGGGGGCAAAUUGGCUGCCAAGACCAGUUUCUCACUCAACCGCCCCAGCAGCCCAAGAGUAGAGGAUCUGAAAGGAGCCACCCUGUACCGCCGUCUCAGGGAGUACCUACUCACCCUGGAGCAGCUCAAAGAGAAUGGCUACCCCUUCCCUCACCCCCAGCGCCCAGGGGGCGCAGUCAUCUUCACAGCUGAUGAGAAGAAGCCCAAGGAUUCCUCCUGCAGAAUCUGCUGUCGCUGUGGCACCGAGUACCUCGUGUCCUCUUCUGGCCGCUGUGUGCGUGACGAGGAGUGCUACUACCACUGGGGGCGGCUCCGCCGGAACCGAGUGGCUGGGGGCUGGGAGACACAGUAUAUGUGCUGCUCAGCGGCCAUUGGCUCUGUCGGCUGUCAGGUUGCAAAGCAACAUGUGCAGGAUGGCCGGAAGGAGAACCUUGAGGGCUUUGUGAGGACCUUUGAGAAGGAGCACUCAGAAGAAGCCCAUGCAGGCAUCUUUGCCCUUGACUGUGAGAUGUCCUACACCACAUACGGCCUGGAGCUGACCCGCGUCACAGUGGUGGACACAGAGAUGCAAGUGGUUUAUGACACCUUCGUCAAGCCUGACAAUGAGAUUGUCGACUAUAACACCAGGUUCUCGGGGGUGACAGAGGCAGACCUCACAGACACAAGCAUCACACUGCGAGACGUUCAAGCUGUCCUGUUGAGCAUGUUCAGCGCUGAUACCAUCCUCAUUGGACACAGCCUAGAGAGUGACCUGCUGGCUUUGAAGGUCAUCCACAGCACCGUGGUGGACACUUCUGUGCUGUUCCCUCAUCGCCUGGGCCUCCCCUACAAGCGCUCCCUGCGGAACCUCAUGGCCGACUACCUCAGACAGAUCAUCCAGGACAACGUGGACGGGCACAGCUCCAGCGAGGAUGCCAGCGCCUGCAUGCACCUUGUGAUCUGGAAGAUCCGUGAAGAUGCCAAGACCAAGCGAUGACUCCCACCACCCCGCUGCCCACCUGCCCGCCUCUCCUGCAGCCCCGGCCCAUCCUUAGUCCCAGGCCUCUUCCAAAACAGUGCAAUAAAUCUGAGAGCUAACCCUGUGCACCUCGAGAGAGCGGAACUGAGGAGCGGGACAAGCUGGCAUCACAAUAGCUGCUGCCAAGACCAACUAGGAGCCCAGCCCUGCCAGCCCUCACCUGGCCCCAUCUCCAUGCCCCCAGGCCUGGCCUCUGGAGUUGCUGCUGACCAGGACAGACCUGGCCUCAGCUGUGCUUGCACCCUGAGCCAGGAGCCCAUUGCCCAGAGGGCAGUGGGACAUCACCUCCUCUCUCUGCCCCUUUAUACUUGAUGUGGAAGCGUAGGGUGGGCUUGUUGUGUGCUUAUUUGAGACAGGGGUUGUCCUCCUUUUUAUUUUAUAUUGUUAUUUUUAUUAAUUUUUAAUUUAAACCUGUUGACUUGCACAGUUCCCGUCUCUUGUGGGAGGAUCCUUGCCCUGGUGCUGCCUGUCUGCUGGGGGACAAGGUGGGCAUGAGCCAGACCCAAGUCAGGGUUUGGGGCCCCAAGAUCCAGCCCUGUGGGCCUGGGUGUCUGCCCUUGGCUCCAGGUGGCUGGGCCUGCCUUGAGGGCGGCAGCUUCCAGGACUCCCCCACCCCCAAGCCAACCUGGCCCCAUGACCUCAGAGAGCCAAGGUAGCCCCGGGGUCUUGCCUUCUGGAUGCCCCAGGGGUCCCUGGAUGUCUUCCACAGAGCUCCACCUUCUCCCACAGGUUCUCUGCACCCCCCACCCUGGGCAGGGACAGAAUAAACAUUUGUAUGGAUUUUAGAUUUUGCAGUUUGUGGUGCUCUUGGGGCCAGGCAAGACCUCUGUACACCCCUGUAUGGCUCCUGUUCCUGGGGCCAGGGUGAGGAAAGAAUUUGAAAUUGCUCACCUUCAUGGAAACUAGCUGUGGCCCCAGCCUGCUCCACUCCUGCUCUGAGUAUGGAAUAUGGUCCAUGUCCAGUAGACCUGGAUGGCCUGCCCUGAGAGACCCAGGCUGUGUCCCCAGCACUGUGUGAAGGUAGAGCUGGCUUCCUGCUGCCUUGCCUACCAGGGCGGAGCUACACAUAGAGGUGCAGGGGCAGAGACAUUGCCUGCUGCCAGUCUAAGGGAAGGGGCCCGGCCCGCUGAGGCUAUUCCAUUCCCUCACCCAACAUGCCAUACAUUCUGCAGUGCACACACAGCUCUAAGUGACCGAGCCGAAUUGGCCCCCAUAUGUCAGAAUGCUGGCUUGUGGUGGUUGCUAGGAGGCCCUGGGGUAAUUAGGCCCCACCACUUAUCUGAAAUAAAAAGAUUGCAGAGAUUUCAGGGCCUCUCUGCCUCAGCACACAUAGCCACAGAGAGCAAGACUGGCUGGAGAAGGCACCCUGCCACCUGGUCAGUCAAGACGUUUCCUAAGGAUCUGAAGGACAGGACCCAGCCUCCUCCCAAGGCUUCCUGUUCCUGUGGUUUUCCUUUCCAGGUCCUAGGUCUAGAAUCUCUCCAGAACCCUGGGAAUCCAUGCUUGGGGGUAUGGCCCUCCUGGAGAUCCUUGGCUAAGUCAGGCCAUCUCCACCCUCAGGGGCUGUUCUUGUGACCAAGUUGCCCGUCCACCCCACUUCUGUAAAAGCAUUUUCUAAAUAAAU